UCGCUUUUAGAGCGCCCGACGAGCUAGCCAAGGUGUGCGUCGGUUGUGUUGUCUCUUUUUAGUUUUCUUUGUUGUAAUUUCCCUCAGUUUCUGUUCGGAAACGACGCCACGAAACUUUUGUCUUCUUCAUGAUCAGCUGAACGACGAAGUAUGAGAAUUGAUGGGAUCAGUGGCAGAUCAGAGAGACUGCCGGAGCAGCACGUCUGGACGGCCAACCACCUGCGCCUGAGUAACAAGUCGUACGCUCUGCAACGCCCCAUGGCAAAACUGGUCCUCCUGCAGCAGCUCGGUAUAUCAGUGCCUGAAAUCUACAGCAGCAAGAACCUAGAGCACCUGCUAGUCACUUCCCCCACACCUGCCCCGUGCACGCAACCCAAUCUCGAACCCUCCCAGUGUAGUGCAGAGACCACCAGCCCCCUGCGUAGUGAGUGCAAAACCCACCUGACACCCGUGGCCCCCAUUGUAAUAACACUCUCGUUGUCCCCGUGUGUCGCACCAACAUGUCUGUGGACAAAGAGUCCAAGUCUGAGGUGCCUUCUGGCCAGCAGCUGCUAGACCAGCGGUGUUCGGUGCAGUCUUCAUCUUCCUCUUCGUCCUCCUCGUCGAGCGAUGGUCGCUGCCGCCGAGCCACGCCACCCGACGGUGGCUGGGGCUGGGUGGUCGUGUUUGCCUCCUUCAUGAUCAACCUGAUUGCCGACGGCGUCUCCAUGUCGUUUGGCAUCCUCUUUGUCGACCUCAUUGACUACUUCGAGCAGAGCAAGGGCAAGACAGCAUGGGUCGGCUCUCUUUACCUGAGCAUGCCACUUCUCACGGGCCCCAUUGCAUCGUCGCUGACGGACCGGUACGGUUGCCGGCGCGUCUGCAUCGUGGGCUCGCUUCUGGCUGCCGCCGGCUUCGUGGCCUCCUACGUCGGCACGUCUCUCGAGUUUCUUUUCCUCACGUUCAGUGUGUCUGGCUUCGGCUUGGCCCUCUGCUACGUGACGUCCAUCGUUAGCGUCGCCUACUACUUCGAGAGGAGACGGUCGCUGGCCACGGGCCUUGCCGUCUGUGGCACGGGCAUCGGAACGUUCGUGUUCGCUCCACUGACCAUCCGCCUGCUGGAAACGUUUGCCUGGCAGGGAACGCUGCUCAUUCUGGCUGGCUUCUUUCUCAACAUGGUCAUCUCUGGUGCCCUGAUGAGGGACCUCGAUCUCUUCGGGGACGACGAUGAAGACGAGAACGGCGCAGACGCCCAUGAGAAGAGGACCCUGCCCUCUGCCGGGGGAAGCGACCAGAGGCUCUGCAGCUCACUCAUUCAGCUUCCGACCUACAUCACGGACCAGCGCGGUGCGCCCCUGGACGUGCUGUCCGAGAACUACAACAAGGAGAAGGGCCACCUGAACACGCUUCUGGAACAGUACCCCAACAUCUGGAACACCAUCGACCCCAGCUCGACCAUCAAGAGCAUGCCGCCCAACUUUGUGCUUCCACCGUCAAAAUCCACCGCCGCCGCCGGCCCCGUGGCCGUGGGAGGCCGUGACGGGCCGAGCGGCUGGGGUGAGCGCCGUCUGCAGCAGCGGGCCGACUCGGCGUGCCUGCGCAACAUGCGGCUUCAGCGGGGCAGCCUCACGUACCGCGGUGCCAUGCUCAACAUACGCCGCUACCGGCUGCGAGCUUCGAGCUGCCCCGACAUAUACCGCAACAGCAUGUUGACCAUCAGCGGAGAGGACAAGACGUGCCAGUGGCUGAGCGAUUUGAAAGAGGUGCUGCUCGACUCCAUGGAUGUUGGGCUGUUCCUCAACGGCCGCUACACGCUGCUGUGCAUCUCCAACUUCCUGCUCAACGCUUGCGUUGACAACCCCUACAUGUACCUGCCCGACAGCGCCAUCCAGCUGGGCGUCGACAAGGACCGGGCAUCCUUCCUCAUCUCCUUCAUAGGCAUCCUCAACACCUUUGGCGUGGUGAUAGUGGGCUACCUGGGCGACAAGUCGUGGCUGGAGCCCACGCUGCUCUACAGCCUGCUGACGGCCAUCAGUGGAGCGGCCAUUGCGGUGCUGCCCAUGGUGAGCAGCUACACGGCCCUGUCCCUGCUGAGCUCGGUGUACGGCUUUGCCAUCUCGGCCAACUACACGCUGGUGCCCAUCAUCCUGGUCAACCUCAUCUCGCUGGACAACUUCACGGGCGCCUACGGCCUCCUCCUGCUCAUCCAGGGAGUCGCUGGUCUCAUGGGACCCCCCAUUGCGGGCUGGCUGUGUGACACGACCGGUGCGUACGAUGCCACUUUCUACUUCAGCGGCCUGAGCAUCCUCGCCUCGGGCGUGCUCAUGUUGCCCGUGGCCAGCAGUUGGCGCUGCCAGAACCCCGCCUCCUUCAACAGCCGUGACGCCGACAGCACGUCCUCCUCUUCCGCCGCUGCCGCCACCACCUCCUCCUCCGCCGAGCCGCGUAAUCACGUCACGACGGUCCUCCUGCCGCAGAACGGCACCAACCCGGUCACGACCAAGUUCACCGAAGAGGGAGCCCCGCACGAGACCGUCGCACUAGUCAGCAACGGAAUCUGCGUGUGAGCUUUGCUCUCGGUCUUUCUUCCUCUACACUUGGGAUCUGGAAGCAUGGCACCUUUGAGCCGGUGUUACGAGCUCGGACAGUCAGACUUUCUUUUGGGUUCGUCAACCUCGUGCACUUCAUUAGCAAUCACGUGAUCUCCGGCCCGCGUGUGCGAUGAUCAGACUGACAUGCCUUUAUGCGCGUUAUGUGGCAGCGCGUCGUUUGUCACUGCAGGGUGACCGCCAGCAAAGCACACGGCUGAAGUCUGUCUGCAGUGUCACGUUACGUCGUCGCCUAAGAAUCAUGGUUCAGCCUAUUUUGUGUGGGAGCUACUGGGGAAUUUCAGUGCUGCUAAGGCCCAAUAUUUUGUAGCGAUCCAUUUCACUUUCUCGUACUUCUUGUCCUGUUGUCAUUGGCCACAGAGCCGCCACUACCACCACCACCACCGUUAUCACCGGGAUCGGCCACUUGGCGCGAUGAAUGAGGAAGAACGACGGGCGAAAUGGAUCGUUACAAAACAUUGCUCCCGGCUGCCUAACUUCUCGAAAAUAAGGAACAGUUUGCCUUUCCAUUCCGGCUUAUGCAGAAGCCACAAAUAAUUGGCUAGAAAACUCACGUUUAGGUGUGGUCACUUGCACAACGUUUUUCCUUUCUAGAAGCAAGCAUUCAUUUUAACAGUUUGCGAGAAAACCAAUAACAUCAAAUAAGUAAGGAUAGCAAGGUGCAAAAGACACCUGUCUUGCUUGUUUGUGUGCUUCUUGCUGUCUUGUUUACUUUGUGCUAUUGCCUGUCUACUUGAUGGCUUGUAUUUUUCAAAAUAGUUAAACUGUCUUGGAAUAACGUUGGAGUAUAAAAAAUUUGUACUUACACCAUGUGUACGUUUAAUCUCAUACCGUGAGAAUACGCAGCAUAUAAUUGGUUAAAUCACUUCAACAUUGCUUGAUCGCAAUGCCAUCACUGAUUAUUACCAAGAGUACUUAUGCUAUAACAUGCUAGGACUUUUUUUAAUGUAAUUAAUUGCUACAGUAACGUGUUGCUUAUCUGGCUGAAUGAUUUGUGGCUGUUAAGCCAAUCACUCGAACUCAAUAUAGUAAUCAAGGAUAUUACCAAUUUUUAGAUGUAACGAAGCAAAUUUUGAAAUUGUCUCAGCAUUAUCACAACGUAACAAAUGUGCAUUUACAGUCGCCGACCGUUUAUUCGGACGCUGAAAAUUCGGACAUGCUCGUUUAUUCUGACACCUUCGCGGCACCGCCACUCGUCCCAUUGAAGUAAUGUAAACACACAACCAAAAAUUCGGACACCCCACAGUCCGCCGUUCGAUUUUUUGGACUUCAGCUGGCUGAUCGAGUGCAACGUUGAACGCCAUGACAAGCUGUCAGCAAUGUUUACAAUAUUUUUGCUGGGUUGCCAGCACUGCAAUGUUGCACUGGCUAUAACUGGAGAUCGUGCCAGUGUCAAAAAUCCACGCAGAAAUUACCGAUCUCUAAGGCUAUGUUUGUUGGCUACACGUAACAGUUGCCUUUUGGCUUUAGCCAGUCAAGUAUCCAUUGAACGGCUACCACGGCCGAACAGCAGGGCAAGCGAAGCCAAGAUUGGAAUCAGCUCGGUGUGGCGUUUGAGGUGAAUGACAGCGCGUACGAGUACGGCGCGGAUCCUAAUUCGGACAAUGAGAGUACGACAACAGAAGCGCUGCAACAUCAACUAGCCCAACGUCGUUUCCAUUUGGCGUGUGAGAGUUUGCGUUGUCAGACGUUUUUGUGGCUAGGCCUGAUCUGCGUCCCGAGCCCCGAGCUUUCUCUCUCCCUUGUUUGUUCCUUGGCGUGCGAGGCCUGAUCUGCUGAAAUUGCUCCGACGCCGCUCAUUCCAUGUGCGCCGUCGAUGCACCGUUGGAACUAAAGAAACGCGGCAACUACAAGGCCUUAACGAUGGCGAAAAAAGCGGCGAUUAUUCACCAGGUGGAAGUUGCUUGGGAGUUUUCGCCGAGUUGGGCGAUGAGAUCAUCUGUCAGCUACUCGAGCCAGCGCAUGCGGACAGAUGACGCACCUCCCACACCACAGCCAUCAAAUGCGGAUUUAGCGUAGGCCGUUGCAGAGCUAUUGCUGACCGACGGGGAUGGCCAAACAUUGGUUGAAAUACGGGCCGACUUGGUCGCGCGUAAGCGUACAUGUGUACAGACGCGCACUGACAAGUUUUUCCCGGCCGCUGGGCCAAUAAAAGCGCUUUUUUCUGGUGAAUCUUUCUUUUCGGACUCCCGAUUAUUCGGACUUUUCGGCGGUACCCGCCGAGUCCGAAUAAACGGUCGGCGACUGUAUAACGAAUAUUGGUUAUAAUGAAGCUAUUAUUGCAUUGGGGUGUGACUUGGUUAUGACGAGGUUCAACUGAAGUUUUGUUGUGUAAAAUCUUGCUACCAUUGAAACUUUGUCUAGAGAAGGCCUCGGCAGACCAAGUGUUCCCGGCAACACGCAUUGCCUUCACGGUGACACAAGUGACUGUUGAGAUGCCUUCUUGUCUAACCUAUAGUCGGGUACAACUUUAGAAGUCUGCAGCCUUUUUCUGCUCAAAGGCAGAUGCAGACAAACCUGCACCAAUGAGUGGAAUGCUCUGGACUGAUGUCAUAAGCCAGAUGAUCAGUGACCCCGCCGUCGGAGAACAUCGCUGAGUACAUGAGUAAGACUUUUUUUAGCCGCGGUAGCAGUUGGCUGGCGCACUCCGGUCCUCUUGGUGGUGCCUCUCUGGCUCCUCGAGUUGUAUCCAACUACAGGCACUGUGUUUCUCGUAUUGGCAGAAUGGAGCAUAUGACGGCAGUGCCGCAACCGACCUAUGCCGAGAAACAAAUAACUCGACCACAUUUUGUCUGAUUGGGAAACGAAUUCAUACGAAUGAAAGAUAAAGAAAUUAAAAACGGAACACACCAAAGUGGCAUCGUUAAAGUGAUUAGAGAUCAGAACGGAAAUACAAGCUUAGUGUUGCAAACGCAACAUGACUGUGCAUAGUUUAAAACCCCUGUCAAAUGCUUGCAGAAUCUACUGUACUUUUGCACUUUUAUCCUGCCGCCCAAACUACAACUCUAUAAAUAAGAUGAGAGAGAAGAGCAUGGCAUAUGCAGUCUGCUCACAUGAUUCUGUCCGGCGCUCAAAUCGUUAUAUAAAAGCACACCUGAGAAGUUGUCUGGCACAUAAUUGACCUCUGUAAACAAUAUUGGUUUCUAUGUUUGGUCAUCACUGCUUUCAGGGUUGCUCAUUAUCGAAGCACUGUGUGCAUUUAUGUCAGCACGGUGAGGUAUUGGGCUAGUUGGUUUUGCACAAUCAUUAAACUGCCUUACAGUUUUAGUGGUAGGUACACUAGGUUAGGAACGACGCACGGAAUGAGGACGACACGACAAGCACUUGUGGUGCUGUCCUUGUCGCGUGCGUCUUUUCUAGCCAGUGUACCUUGUAACUGUAGCGCAGUUUAACGAACAUGUAUUCAUGGCAAUUUGUCUUUACAUUUCCUUUUCGUUGGCAAAUUUCGCUUCUACACGCAGUGUCACGUUGGUGCAUGGUUGCAUUGCCGUGAAGCCACACCUGAAGGUGAUGUUCACAUGAACCCUGGCUUUCCUCUUCAUAUCAUUUAAACAAAGUUAUUGGCGCAGGUUAAAUGUGUGAGAAUGUGGUAGACCAGAGCCCAUUGUUUCGCAGCAGCUGUAUAAUCAACCAGUAAAGUUGAGUUCCACCCUCACGUGUAUGGCCAGUGCCACAUUUUGCUCCGAUGCCGUGUGCGAGUGCAAUUUGUCUGUAUGUCUAGAUGCACCAUCAGAUGACAAAGAAAUGUGUAGAUGCACCAUCAUUUGUCUAGAUGCGCCAUCAGAUGGCGAGGAAAUCGCUGGGAAAGUGCAUUUCUUUUGUCACAUUCGCCUGUGCACAUUGCAUUGAUAAGAAUCAUUUGAAGGUGCUUACAUCCUACGCCUGUAUGACGUUGGAUCACACGUAGCAAUGUCGAGUGAUUAAUCACGAGGUGCACCACCUCAUUCCUUCCCAUUAUGUCACUUUUAAUAUAUCGGUGACGGUACAGUUCAUAGCCGAGCGUAAGUGUGCUCGGUGACAACUUCGCGCAAAAGAAAAACGAAAGCCGUUACUGUGCCGUAGCUGACAUAAGAAGUGACUGCAGAAAACUGAGACAAAGGCAGGUCCCAGAGACACUGAUGACUCGUUUUCAGUUUGCCAUGGUUUAGAAUGACAAGACCUUAAAACUUCUCUACCUUAACAUGUUUACACUAAGCCUGAAGUGCUGUUUCAUUCCUCGUCGAGUAACGGAGGUUUUGGAACAUACUCAAAUCCUGCGAUUUUACAGUUUUUGCACUACGUAGACGCUUACCGUCUAGGCCUUCUAUUAGGCCUUGCCCUUGUGCCGACCGGCGCGUAGAUUUCGCACGUAGUUUGUAAGGAAUUGCCCCCUUCCCACAUCCGGUUCUCGAGCCUUACACUUUCCUGCCAAUAGUAGGGUACUCCCAAAGCACAGCUUUUUGCCGCUCUUUGCUUGAGGUUCAAACAUUUCCCCCCUCGCACCGUUGGGUACACCGCGAUCCACCGCGGACUUUUCUGUCGGCUCUCGACGGCUAGUUCUUUCACCCGCUCUGUACAAACUUGCAUCCGCAAGACAACAUAGUUAGUAUUCUAUUGUACACACAACGUGUGGGAGGAGUGUGGCUCGUGUGUUCGCAGCAGGUGUUCGAGCCAGCAGGCGCACAGAGAUAGCCUGCCUCGUAGGAAGUCCUAUAUGCAAUACUUCGAGCUCAAGUCCUAGGGUCAGUGUGUUCUGCACUAGUUUUGGUGCUUCUAUUUCGCGCUACCACAAUACUGACAGGGCCUUUGAAUAGGAACUGUACUUGCUAGCAAAAGAUUCUGGGAAUAAAUAAGGUGGCCACUUGACCAAUGAUCCUCAUUGGUCAAUAGUGUCAUGAGCCGAACCAGUGCACCAAAUGUUUCCCACUGUUCUUUUCAAGGCCCACCAGCGCAGAUAAUGUAAACCUCAAGAACAGGAGGGAUUGUGCAAUCAAUUGCUUUCCCUGGUGGUUAACUCUUGUUGCUACAGCAUGUACAACUGGCAGGCUGCGUUCUAUAAUGAUUCUUUUUUUCUCCAACUCGGCUGUCCGUCAUUGAAUCAUUGCGCUUACUGGCCGAUCUCGGUGAUAUCCAGUUGUGUGGCGUCAUGCUGGUCGAUGACAUUUGAAAGAUUAGUGUUGGAGAAAAAUGAGAGUCAUCGUACGUAAACUUGGCCCCGUUAGUAAGUAUUCAUUUAUGAGCACCCUUGGCAAAACUCGGAAACGUUAAGUUAGGUGUGGAAGGAAUGAUGUUACUAAGUCAACAUAAUAUGCUUCAUUCCCUGGACUGUUUCAUUUGAGAUAUUUUUUUUAGUUUGUGGACAAGAGCAUUCUUUAAAACCCAGCUGCAGGUUUCCUGCCACUGUUGAAAAUUUAACAAAAAGUGUGAUCGAUAUUACAAGGAUACAAAGUUAUGCUUACAGUGCCGUUUGCUGCAACACGGUCAGUGGUUUAAUGGACAAGCCGGCAUUGCAGAAAAUGUUCCGAUGAUAAGCUAGUGGGCCUGUUUGGCUGCCCUCCAUAAGGCCACAGUGCAGGUAAGGCUAUGCACUGUAAGUAAGCUUACAGUGCAUGGCCUUUCAGGGCAUGCUAAAUCUAAUAGCGACAGUCCAAUUCUGCAUGUUUAUGUAUUAUGCAACCGCUUCUCCAUUUCAAAUUUAUACUUCAGAAAGGAGUAAGUAUCCAUUCAAGUUCUAGCUGACCAGUAGGUAGCAUUUUGCCCUAGGAUCGAGAUGGUUACGCACGCUCUUCAGCUUAUUCACCAAUCUUGGGUGAGCUUCGUCAAUUCUAUGCUUAAAAAUUUCGAGAGACUUUCAUUCGCAACCCUAAAUAAUGUUGCUGGUUUACUUGUACUACUCCUCUUUGCAACUCUUUCUGAUAGUUAAGAGAAGUCUUUUCCUUCACAAUGUCACUUAUAGCUGCGUAGGUUUAAUGCCGAGGUAAUGGUUUCGCUCUCUGAAGGCAGCAUGGUAUUAGGAUAGAUUGUUAGACUGUAGAUGCUCUUGAUGCUUUGGAUGCUCAUGUCCUAAGCCCCAUGACUAAAGAAAGGCUCCAGCCACCCCAUUGGUGGGCCCGGGUGAACUUAAGUGAAGAGGAAGAACGUAGGCCCUCGUUAUGUAAUCACAUUGGAGAUGCAUGUUUUCAUAGUGAUGCCUUUCCAACUACAUCAAAUCAAACGAAAGGAAUUCACUAACACGUGGUUCUUUGGUUGUUGUCUGUAUCGUGAGCACUAUAUAUUGGAGCUCUGUUUGAAGGAUGACAGUGUUUGAGUGUGCUUAAAGAUGGUUGUCUCCGUCAACGGUUGUGGUCACAGCUUGCCAUCAUUUGCGGAUGGACUGUAUCACCUGUAUGUACACUGGCUUCCACUGCCCGGGAACCUCUCGUGAUCUUUUGCGAGGUACGUUCAGCGUCAGAAAGGAUCUCAUUGUAGCAUCGGAUACCUGCCAUGUCGUCUGUCGAGAAUUGGGGAGCAGUCGGAUAGGCUAUGAGUCACCUCAGGUGUGCGUGCUUUGGCGAACAAACCUUUUGGUACCUUUGCUGCCAGUGGUAUUCUCUGAGACGGCACAUGCUGGUCAGCUUGUUUGGAAGCACGUGGCGUUGUUGGGAUGUUUUCCUCCACAAGAUUGAUUUUUGACAUCAGUAAAAUCAGAUGUGGUAUUUUUGACGACCCAGCUACCAUGGCUUGUAGCUCCACUUUGGAACUACCGGAUUUGUCGUAGCAUUUGCCAGUGUUAGCUAGGAAUAAACACUUUAGGUGUUUCUAAUUCUUUUGGCUUGGAAAGUGCGAAUUCAACGGUUUGUUAUCAUUAUCUAAUCAUUUCGGUUUAAGAAAGGUUGCCACACCACUGAUGACGUGACUUGGCCUGGUAAAGGCUAUGAACUGGAGCUUAUGUUGUAACUGCAAAGCUCGCAGAGGUUGAAUAUGCAUGACCGAGCCUAAAAUGUCGAGCAGAGCUGGGCAGGUUGCCAGCUUCGAGUGCUUAGGGACACCACUGGGGUACCAUUACGCAAUUCCGCAUUGUUACACACCGGGACCCCCGCAGUCUGGCUAUGUUUGAGAACGGGUUGACGUGCGAAAGAGAUUUGCUGCCUACUCUGCCAUUGCUGCAUGGCAGCUAACUUGCGUGGAUGAGUUCUAACAAUGAACUUGGUCGCAGGCAAUCUUAGGCAGUGCGAAUUUCUGUAGCGGCACCCUCUGUGCGCAGCCAAACGGUGUUUCGAGUGCCUUCCUUCAAGCAAGGCUGCUUUGAGGAAGAUGAGGUGGAGAGAAGAAUGUUUUGUCGUGGAAGGCACUUCACAUGUGCCAUAGGAGACAGGGUGUCGUCAGAGGAGUCAAGAAUUCUGCGUAACAAUAAACGGACAAUCGUUGCACCUUCUUCCGAAGUUGCGCAAUGGGGAAGGGUGUGCUGCCCUCCUCCUACAUCAUCGAAAUGAGGCAAGCUUCAGCUUGUAUGGUGUGCUGUGCCUCUGAACGGGGCUUGCAGAUGAAUUUUCUUGAAGGCAAACCGCUUCUUCACUCUCGGGCCAUAGCGACCUUGGUUACUAGUGGUAGCUUGGAAGUCAUGAACUCUAUCGUGGUCCGUCUCUGAAACUUCUAAAAGUUUUUGCAUGUGCCCCUUUUCGAUUCUCUGUGGUCAGGUGACUGAGGUGUUACGCUUUCUUUUAAGUGAUGGUUCUUAUUCUGUUGCCAAGUGCGUAACUUAAUAUGCCAGAAAAGAUUAUUGCAAGUUUCUGCAAGAUCUGUGGUGGCGGAUACUUCAUAAUGACCAAUAUGGAGCUUAAUCUAGGGUGGCAUUUUGACAUUCGUUACGCUUUCAAAAGAAUGUAAUCGUGCAGUGUUGUAAUUUGCCGAACGUCGAAAUGGAACAUGCCAUAAACUGGAGUACUUGCUGCAGUUCAAGCUGUAAAUUCUGGUUGGAACUUUUCAACACUUAACUAGAUUUCAAGCUCUCUUUUUUUUACCAAAUGACGUUAAAAAUACCUUGAUUUAAUGUAAUGUUCGAAAUUUUUGGAGGCCUCUCCUAAAUCACUGGUUCUCACAUUUGUAAUUAGUAAUAACUGAAUCAGUAAACUCUGGUAGGAAGUUAUGAUUUCCUGAUUUUAAGCUCUUUUCUUUCCGUUUCACCAAACUGUGUGAAAUUCUUAGAUCUAUGAUAUCCUCUUAUUUGGGUUGGCAUAUGAUCCUUUUUGCUCGCGUAACAAUGUCCAGCUGUACUGGACAUUGGAGGCACUUGCGUUGGCUGCAUUUUGAAGACCGUUUGAGUGCUUACACUGACACGUCCAUACGUUAGAGAUGACCAAGUUAACAGAUUUAUGUUCGUGCGUCGUUUUCAGUGGUAAGGUUUGAGUGAUGACGUAAGCGGUUUCGAAAAGCACAUUCUUCUGCAACCCAAUUGCAGCGACACAGCACCUUGUUGUGUGUCUUGUAUUUUCGGCACUAAGUUACUUCUAGAUAUUGUGUUUUACAUUUCCUUGAAAUCCCUCAAAUAUUUUGGGUUACAUGCCUGAGUGGAUGUAGCGAGUGUGUGGGAAAUCUUACAUGCUUACUUUGUCGCAUACGGCAUAGUUUUUUAGUUACCAAGAUACACAUGGCAUAAGUCACACACAAGAGUUGGUUCAUGGGUAGCAUUGAACAUCGUUCUGCAGCACAAAUCGAAGCAAAUGCCGGACUUUGCUCUCCGCUAUGUUGACUGCAGUAUCAAUGCCUUGUCCGAAGUCAUUAGAACAUUGCGUAACAUCUCCGUCAAAUCUAGAAACAUGUAGAUUGCAAUGUAAUGUGUACGUACAUGCCGUAUUUAAAGUCUGCUCUGUAGAUUGACUUCAGGACGCCCACCAACUGACUGGUGAUGCUACAGCACAGUGGUCAACAGCCUGUUAGCAUUUUGACUGUGACUUGUGCCUCUGUGUGACAGUCUUGAAUCUAGUCACUGAGUUUUCUAGGCUAGCACUUUCAUUGUAGCUCAGUCUAGUCGCAGUCUAUAGAUUUUUCUUGAUGAAAACGCUGCCCCCAUGUUUAUGCUUUUUUUCUUUCCUCAAACAAUGCAUGUAAUGCAAUUCUGUCCAUCCCUUCUUUUUGUGGGUGUGUUUUAACUUGUUGCACUGGUCCCGUGUGCUUACAUUGAUGACUGGUUUGCUCCAAAACCAUGCUGUUCUUUUGCUUUCUCAUGAAGAGCUGUUGUAACUUCAAUCAAAAGCUCAUCGUUAGAAUUUUUUUUUUAAAUUGAGAGUGCACUUUUUUGUGUGUACAGAUUUCGUAAACAGACAAUAAGUGAUGAGCCCUCAUCAAGAUUUUUAAACCAUUGUGUUUUAGGUGUGUAUGUUCAUAGUGAAGCUUUUUGUUUGGCACCAUUGUCACUGUUUGGUAUGCAUGUUUUCAAAUAGUGUUUUUACAUCCACCCUAACACUAGUGUCCCAAUAUUCACUGUGCGAUUUGUGUCUGCUUGUGAAGGAAGCAGGUACUAUAUUAUUUUUUAAAAACUUGCUCAAUGAAUUAUCUCGAAAGUGUAAUUUCGCGACUCCAUGUCGACAAAAUAUGCGCCUUUUCACAUCACUACUAACGUCACCGGAAAAAUUCUAAUGAGUCCUUCACCAAAUGUGUUUUCACUAGGAGUAGCGAAACAGAUGUUGCAAUAUUUGCUGUAGAUAAAUGGCGUGCAGUAUCUUUUUGUUGUGUGUAUGGAUUGCGUUAAGACUCCUUGUACUCCCAUAGCAUUCCACGCAUGCAUGUUUUUAGUGUAACGUUGUAAACUUGCUUGUGCCUUUUUCAAUCCUGGAUGUUUGUUGUGAGCAGCCUACAUUGACAUGAAAUCCUUCAUUUAUUGUUUCAUCAAUCACGCCUCAAUUUUUCAAGAGACUCUAUUACGCUUCAUCUUAUCAAACACUGCUGCAUUCAUGAGUAGGGCUAAUAGGUACAUUUCCUGCAUGGUAAGUUUGUCCGUGGAUUUAAGCUUGGCUUUUCACUUUUCCCACGUUCGGACACAUUGUGAAAUCCUCAAGUGCUUUCAUCAGGCGAUCACUGAACUAACCUGAGUUAAUGCAAGAUUGAAAUCUAGUGAAUGGGGCAGUGGAUUCUGUCGCUCAAUUCGGAAAAAAAGAGGCAGGUAUCGAAAAUUUUCGUUUAAAAAGCAACAUUUUCAACCGUGCCUGCUUCACAAGGAAAGAAGAAACAAGAGAAGGCACCAAAAUUUUGUAAACCUUUAUUGGGAUCGUAAUACUACUGGCAACACAUUUUUUUACGGCUUCAUACGCUUUUCUUAGUGCUUAGUUUCAGCUUAACUUUGCAAUGUCCUAACAGGUCUUCCUGAGCGCCAAACAACAUGUCACUUUUGUCACAUGAUUUAUAAGUGUUAUAAGGACCUCUCGUUUUUUUUUUUCAUUCAAGUGCUGUACAAUUGUACAUUUAAUUAUCAUCAUUGAAAUUUCAUCAAUUUCUCAAGAUCCUUCAACACCUGAAAAAAAUUUUAAGUAAAAAAAGAUGUGCUCGCGCUAGUCACUAAAUCGUGAAUUUUAUGGAUGCAACAAGAUUGAAAUUGGUUUAUUAUUUGCGCAGACGGAAUGUUACGGCAUUUUUCAUGUUUUUUUAAUAUCAGGGGGCAAGCUUACUUUAGUGCUCUGCUCUUUACGUUUGGUAGCAUACUCCUGUCAUUGCCUGCAAUGUAUGAUGAGAAAUGCUUGUCCUUCCCCCCUAUUUACAUCCUAUGUUUCGGUCUUCAUCUUGAUGUACAAUGGAAUUAAAGACAAGAAUUCCAUUGUACGUCAAGAUGAAGACCGAAACAUAGGAUGUAAAUAGUCAAAUUUUCAUACAACCAAUAAAUACCCUGAUUUUGCCGUCCCGCUCCCUUGGCUGUCGUUUCGCUGGUGGUGGUACUCCUCUUUUCUUUUGUUCUUUUUUUUUUCUCUCAUUUAAUCAAAAUUUCUUUGACAUAUCAUGUCCUAUUCAUUUUUAUUCCAAUUCGGUAGCCUGCGAUACUUCGGUGCAGCAGGCAGGGCUUAAACUUUUAUUUUCUUUUAAGUAAUAUUAUACCGCCCAACACCACUUUCUGUCCUUCCCCCCUUCCCACCAUUGUUCAUGAUGUACAUGCGCACCAGGAGACCAGCGAUAGUGCCUUCGUUGCACAGGCGCAUUAACGGAUGCUGAAAAACUCGGCGAAUGAUUUGUGUCACCGAGUGCCGCUGUUAUUCAAAGAGCGCCUUCUCUCAGCGUGCUUGCUGAAUGCACUGAUGCCGGCGGAACAUCUCUGUUGGAAAGUGUUAAUUGACUCGGAUGUCAGCAGGUUAUUGUAAGUUUUGAAAUUGCAACCUAAAAUUGCGACUGAAUACUAGAACAUUGCUCAUGGCACUUUCCAACUGUUUUUCUUUUUUUAUUUUUCGCUGUGGCUGCUCGAUGGCACGCACUGACAACAGUUGUAACACUUUCAGGACUCUUGCUUUAAUGCUUAUUUUAUCAAAGAAACCAGCGUGGUCAGGAGGUCGUAAAUUCAUAUGUAGUGCUACUUGAGGACGUGUGGGAGGAUGUUUUUAAGUAAGAAAAGUAGCACAGUUCGAGCCUUCUGUACAACUUUAAUAUAUUAAAAAUGAGCAUACUGUUAAUGUGAACUUGAAUAAUUUCUGUACUCAGCUAGGUGAGACCACGAAAAGGAAAAGAUUUCGUCAACAUUUUUUUUACUUUACCUCUGUGCGAGCCACACUUUUAUUUUUGGGGUGCUAGGAGUGACAUAUGCAUAUGAAAUAUGAAGAAAACUGGCCGUUGAGCUGCGUUAUUGGUGUGGCCUGUUCAUCUUUCAUGUUUUCCUUGCAUGCAGAAUUGUAUUGACACUUUACGUAAAAAGAAAUGUGAAACAGUUGCCGCUGCCUCUGUGUUCUACCAGUGUCAUCGGAUUAAGCCUGUCUAUGAAAACAAAAUGUUUGAAACUAAAAAAAAAAAAUGCGGCAGAUAGUGUGGACAAAAUUGUUGUAUUUUUUUUUUAAACGUUUUGGAAAAGCCGGCAUGACUAGUGUAUGAGUCUGUAUGAUGUGCUGCUGCAGUGUACCCAAGAAGAGAUAGAAGAAUAAGAACAGGAGUGUUUUCCCUUUUUUUAUGUUGUACUGAAGUACAACAGGUUAGUUUUGUGUCCUGGGAAUGUUGAACUGGGGUGGAAUAAUUGUAUACUUUAUUUUAUUAAUUUCCCGACGACAAUCUUGCUAUGCAACACAUGAGCUGUACACAUUGCCAGUGGUACAGCAUGCGAGUCUCUCCCGAGCAGUCAUUUUUAUUGCACAUUCUGUGUAUAUUUAUUUCGGAAAUUGACGCCAACGUCGCGUUGCACUUUUCUUGGAACUCAAGUGUUCGUUAGAAUGUGCAGGACACUUGCCGGCAUGUUGCGUCAUUAAUUUAAUCGCCUCUUUAACAAACUACAGAUACACUCAUUUUUUUCGUUUUGCUCCCUUGUGUUAUGUGUGUGAUUUAUUGUUGUCGGUACACUUUUGUGUUGCAAGGCAUUUGAGUUUUCCUUACCAGACUGUGAUAAAAAAAAAUUGGAAGUUUGUGUUUGUCCGGCUAGGUAAUUAGUGUCUUGUUUCUCUGCUCUGUUUUAAUUCUUGAGCUUAGCACAUUGACUGUAAGUGUAUUAAAGAAAAAAUCGAAGGCAGCCUGUCUUAGCUGUCAUUUGUCAGUUUCACCUGUUCUUAAUUAGCAGGCAUCAAAAGUGUAAAGGUGUAUGUGUGUGUGUGCUCCACAGUAUUCCACCAGCACCUUCUUGUCUGUGUCAUUGCCUGGCAAUUUUGGUAGCUGCUUUAUUAUGUCCAUGUAUAUUUGAUUUUGCGUCAAAGCACUUUGCUGCAUGUGGUCUGUUGUGAUAGCAGGUGGAAAAGAAAUGUUUACCUUUUACUUUGCGCCCCCGGUGUGACAGGUUCCCGAGUAUGUUUCGUUCCUUGAGAUGCAACAAAUAGCCCAAGAAAUAUAGGGUGCUUGGCAAGCCUUGAACUGUACAUAUAUAGUAAACCGAUUUAAUAAACUGGACACUUUCUUCGUA